AUGGCCCGCAGGCAGGCGCGGCCGGCGGGCGGCGGGCGCUGGCUGCCCUGGCUGGGGCUCGCCCUGCUGCCGCUGGCCGUGCCCCCUGCCGCCGCCCCCGCCGCCUGCCCCUCCGCCUGCUACUGCGUGGCCACCCCGGAGCUGGUGCAGUGCCGCUACGAGAGGCUGGAGGAGCCCCCGAGGGAGCUGCCGGCCGCCGUGCACAACCUCAGCAUCGCCGGCAGCAACCUGAGCGUCCUGUCCCGCGCCGCCUUCGCCGCCCUUCCGCUGCACGACCUCCGCCUGCUCCGCCUGCGCCACGACAACAUCCACACCAUCGAGGACAUGGCCCUGCAAGGCCUGCCCGGCCUGCGCACCCUCGACCUGAGCCACAACCCGCUGCUCUCGGUGGCCGCCGGCGCCUUCGCCGGGGUCCCGCUGCUGCGCACGCUGCAGCUGAACCAGGCGCUGCUGGCGGCCCCGCUGGAGGAGCAGCUCGCCCUGGCCAUGCGCAACCUUAGCCUGCGGCGCCUGGAGCUGGCGGGCAACGCGCUGCAGGCGCUGCCGGCCGCCCUGCUAACGCCCGGCCUGGAGGAGCUGGACCUGCGGAACAACUCCCUGCGGCGGCUGGCGGCCGCUGAGCUGCGCAGCCUGGACUCGCCGGAGCUGCGGGGGCUGCGCCUGAGCCUGGGCGCCAACCCGCUAAGCUGCGACUGCGGCCUGCGGCCCUUCCUGGCCUGGCUGCGCGCCGCCGCCGCCCGCGUGCUCGACGCGCGGAGCCUGCGCUGCGCGGGGCCGCCUGGGCUGCGCGGCACGGCGCUGCUGCGCCUGCGGCCCGAGGCGCUGGCCUGCGCCCGCAGUGAGGGCGGCGAGCCCGGCGAGCUGGAGACCGCCUCCUACGUCUUCUUCGGCAUCGUGCUGGCGCUCAUCGGCGUUGUGUUCCUCAUGGUGCUCUACCUGAACCGCCGCGGCAUCAAGCGCUGGCUGCACAACCUGCGCGAGGCGUGCCGCGACCAGAUGGAGGGCUACCACUACCGCUACGAGCAGGACGCCGACCCGCGCUGCGCCGGCACGCCUGGCCUCUGACCGCGCCCCCGGCAGCCGGAGCGGCUCCCCCUUCCCGCGCCCUCUCCGAGCCCGCGGGUCCCGCAGGGCACCGGGCUGGACCGCUCCCCCGGCGGUGCCCGCGGGGUGCUGGCGUGCACAGCCCCGGCGCUCCCACGCCCGCUGGGAAGCUCCCACGCCCGGGUGCGCGGCUCGGCGCAGUUUGCUUGGCUCAGCCCGGGAAGCCGCGGGCAGUACCUGAAACUGUCCUCCUGGACGUUCCUGGAGCCUGGACUUGACUUCGACCAUGUACAGCUCUCUUUCCUAUUAGAUUUCUAUUUGACAGGUGCAAAGUUUAACUCGAUUUCUUCUUUUUUUUUUUUUCCCUUUUCUUUUCUCUGCAAAUGGGAGAACAAGUCCAGCUGCUCCCCCCGGGAAGCGACGUGCUUUUCCGAACCCGUUUAUCCAUUAGGUUUUGUUCAAUGACAUUUCCAGCUCGUUCUAGGCACAAGGCGAUGCAGCUGUAGGAAACGCCUCCGCUGGCUGCGUGCAUGUUCCCCGGGGCACGCGGGGGCAGCCCUUUGACUCUAGAAUGUAGCGUAGACCUGGCUGUCUCGGCACUUUGUAAUUUAAAACGAGCCCAGCAGAAGCUCCUGCCCUAAUUCCCCUGUCCGUGUUUGCUUUAGUACCUGUUACUAUAUCCUAGGCAAAUAUAUUGAAAGCUGCACCCA